AUUUCUGUUAACUUUUCGGUGCUGUCAAACUCUGCCCUGCUGUCAUUAAUGUGUAUUUUUUCUGAUGCAAAAACUAGUCAGAAAUAACUAACGCGGCUAUUAAUUAUCAAAUUUUAUUCGUAAAUUGUUGAUCAAAACACGAAAAUGGAAGGCGAAGACGGCUUCGAUCCCACUUUGUUGAAAAAGAAGAAGAAGAAGAAGACCACCUUCGAUUUGGAUGCCGCGUUGGGACUCGAUGAUGCUGCCAAGAAAGAGGAUCUUAAAGAUGAAGGCGCCGCUGAUCCAGCGGCAGCUGAACUCGAAGACAAUCUCGAUUUAGAAAGUUUUGGCAAAAAGAAGAAGAAAAAGAAGAAGCCAUUCAACUUGGAUGAGCUGGAAGGUGCCUUGCCCGAUGGUUCGGAUGAUGUCAACAAUGCUGGGGCAGCUGAAGAUCCUGAAGAGGAAGAAAUUAAUCUAGACAUGGACUUUUCAAUGGCCAAAAAGAAGAAGAAGAGUAAAAAGAAGGACUUGGAUGAGCUGUUUGCUGACAAAGUCGAAGAUGACAAGAGCGAGGACAAAGAAAAUGUCGAGGAUAACAGUUCCACAUGGGCUGGCUCAGAUCGUGAUUACACAUAUGACGAACUACUUAAACGCGUUUUUGAAAUUAUUCUGGACAAGAAUCCCGACAUGGCCGCCGGCCGCAAGCCCAAGUUUGUGAUGCGACCUCCUCAAGUACUGCGCGUGGGCACCAAGAAGACAUCGUUUGCCAACUUUAUGGAUAUUGCGAAAACUCUGCAUCGUUUGCCCAAGCAUCUGUUGGACUUCUUGCUGGCCGAGUUGGGAACCAGUGGAUCAAUGGAUGGCAACCAGCAGCUAAUCAUUAAGGGUCGCUUCCAGCCCAAGCAAAUUGAGAAUGUGCUGCGUCGCUAUAUUAAGGAAUAUGUCACCUGUCACACCUGCCGUUCGCCGGAAACAAUAUUGCAAAAGGAUACGCGUCUAUUCUUCCUGCAGUGUGAAUCCUGCGGAUCUCGCUGCUCUGUCGCUAGCAUUAAGUCGGGUUUCCAAGCUGUCACUGGCAAGCGUGCCGCCAUUCGAGCAAAAACCACAUAAAAAUCGGUAUAUAUAUUUCGCAUAUUCGGAUUUUAUAUUAAUGAGUAAAAUUUCAAUAUAUAUACAAAACGCA